AUGUCCUUCUCCAACCUCAUCUCCUCCGCCCUCGAACAAGCCACCUCCCACUCCAGCGGUGGCAGUGGCUCCGGCUCCUACGACCCCGAAUUCUCCUCCGCACAACACCACGCCCAAGCCCACGAAUCCUCCGGCGAUUCCUCCCUCUUCUCCUCCGCCCUGGGCUUCCUCUCCGACCGCAAGAGCCAGUACUCCGAGCAGCCCGACAUCGACGAGGAGCACCUGGUGCAGUCGCACCAGCAGCUGUACAACGGCGGUGGUGGAGGAUACGGUCAGGAGCAGCAGCAGCACGAUAGCAAGAGUCUGGGUGCGGGUGCCGCUAUGCAGGCGCUGAAGAUGUUCACGUCUGGUGGUGGUGGUAGCAGUGGUGAUAAGAAUGAGUUUAUUGGUAUGGCGAUGGCGCAGGCGAGUAAGCUUUGGGAGGAGAAGAGUGGGUCUGGCAAUGUUUCUGGCGAUAAGCAGUCUGCUGUUAACUCGGCGGCGGAGAUGGCGUUUAAGAUGUAUAUGAAGAGUCAGGGGAGUGGGUCGAGUGGUACGGGUGGUCCGGCGGCGUUGAUGAGUCUGGCGAGUAAGUUCUUGUAA